AUGAAGUUCCUCUCUCUGUUCUUCGCCACCGGCAUUGCUGCCGGCGUCCUCCCCCGUGAUCUCGCCACCAUCCAAGGCGUCCUCAACGGUGUUGGUGCUGACCUUCAAGGCCUGACCACUGCCACCACGGGCUUCACUGGAGACCCUUCUGCGCUUCUCGAUGCCUCCAACAAGGUCAUCCAGGACCUGAAGGAUGGCGAUGCCAAGAUUCAGCCUCUACCUGCUCUGACCCUGAACGAAGCUCUUGGUCUCACCGGGCCCGCCAAGGAUCUGCAGACCAAGGGCGACGCUCUCCUCGCUGCCAUCAAGGACAAGAAGAGCGCCCUGGCCGCCGCUGGCCUGUGCGACGUCACCCUGCUCCAGGUCACCGACCUCAGCAAUGCCUCUGACGCUCUGAUCAAGACAGUCGUCUCCAAGGUCCCCGCGGCUGCGCAGUCCAUUGCUCAGAGCCUUGUCGCUCCUCUCCAGAAGGAUCUUGCCGAAGCUAAGGACCUGUUCAGCCCUGCCAACUGCCAGAACGGUGGCGGCGGCGGCAGCCCGACUACUCAGCCCACCACCACUGCGGCUCCCACCACCACUGCGGCUCCCACUUCCACGAAGCCGCCUGGCACUACGUCGGCUCCUACUACUCCUCCCGCUACAACGACUGGAACUACUCCCACCACCACCAAGCCUGGCCCCGGCAACGGAACCUGCCCUGCUGCUUCUACUGUCACUGUCACCUCUACCGACACCAAGGACUGCACUCCCACUCCGACUUGCACCAAGACUGCCCCCGUCACCGUGACGACUACAACCAAGGCUUGCCCUACUGGAUCUAAGCUGCCUUUCUAA